AUGUCUGGCGAAUUUCACCCUAGCACCGGCAUCACGCCGCCAAAGAUGGCCCCCGGCUACAAGACUUACAAGAGUCCUUACGGUCCUAAAUACAAGACGAACCCGAACAUUAAUGGGUGGACGAUGAAGCAUGCUACGAGACUAGGCAUGACACUCGGAGCUUUUGGUGGUGUCGCAGGUGUCUUUGCUGUGUUUUUCUUUGCUGAGAUUCCCAAGGUGCGGAAUGAUAUUAUGGUGAAAGUUCCGAUUAUCGGACCACACUUUGUUAAGGAAAUUCCGCCUUCUGAUAACGUCGUGGAAGCUACAAGUGUCGCAAUUCUUUCCAAAGGCCCUGAAUCAUUGAAUCUGCUUGACUUCAUCCCUAUCCACGAAUACUCGACCCUAAUGGUACACGGAAGCUACAAUUGCGGCGAACACUCAUCCCUCUUCGACGGCAGCAGACAACAAGGCAUAGCCGAGACCCAAACCUCAAGCCCAACAGAUUUGACUAAAGUCCUCCUUCUCGAACUUAAGCUGACAAAUAUCAACAGCCCUUCUAAUUGCCAUGCACCGACUGGGUUGGGACAGGGCAGAAAGGUUGGAGCGAAGUGUGGAGAAGAGGAGAUGCAAGUAAGAUACACUGUACAAAAGAACCGCACGCUAUAG